AUACUUUGACUUUCCCGCCUUUUGAUCAUUUUGGCGCGAACAGUCAUUCUAGCCAUCUUGGGUCGAUCGACGAAGACUGCAGCAGGAAUCCUCCUUCAUCUAGGGCCUAAUUUUCCCUCAAACAUUCCGGUUUCUGUCUCAAAUCAUUCCGUAACAUUUCUAUUUUUCGAUUCUAGAGUGAGUUUUGUACAGCAAUCCCGUAAAAAUGUUUGAGGCACGUUUGGUUCAGGGCUCUCUGCUGAAGAAGGUUUUGGAGGCGCUGAAGGAUCUGAUCGAGACGGCUAGCUGGGACUGUAGCAGUACGGGGAUGUCCCUGCAGUCCAUGGACAGUUCUCACGUCUCGCUAGUGCAGCUGGAGAUGAGGAAGGACGGCUUCGACACCUACAGAUGUGACAGGAACAUGGCCAUGGGAGUCACCAUCGCGUCGAUGACGAAGCUGUUGAAGUGUGCAGGGAAUGAUGACAUGGUCACCAUCAGGGCAGAGGACAACGCAGACGCCAUGACUCUCAUCUUCGAGUCACCGAACCAGGAGAAGGUGUCAGACUAUGAAAUGAAGCUUGUGGACCUGGAUGUGGAACAGCUCGGUAUUCCUGACCAAGAGUACAGUUGUGUGGUGAAGAUGCCCAGUGGCGAAUUUGCGCGUAUUUGCCGUGACCUGAGCCAGAUCGGCGAGGCCGUGGUCAUUUCCUGCACCAAGGAUGGCAUCAAGUUUUCUGCCAGCGGGGACCUGGGGACAGGCAACAUCAAACUGGCACAGAGCGCAAACGUGGACAAGGAGGAGGAAGCAGUUACCAUUGAGAUGAAUGAGCCAGUGUCCCUGACCUUUGCUCUGCGUUACCUGAAUUUCUUCACCAAGGCGUCGCCCCUGUCUCCCUCUGUCACACUCUCCAUGUCCGCAGACGUCCCCCUGGUUGUCGAGUACAAGAUAGGAGACAUGGGGCACAUCAAGUUCUUCCUUGCUCCCAAGAUUGAGGAGGAGGACGCCACAGCCUGAGUGAAUCAGUCAGCUCAACUCUGAGCUGAGGAUUAGAAGGAUGUACAGACUUCGAAGAGAAACUUUGUGUUUUAGAUAUUAAUGUUAAUUAAUGUGUACGGAUCUAAAAACUGUGUAUAUCUACCAUGAACUUAUCAGGAGAACAUGUUAUCAAAAUGGCUAGCCUUUCUGUUUAGACCAAGUCAGUUGCCCGUAUUUUGAAAGAAAGAUUAUUGAAAUUUGGAACUUAAAUAAAUGGUGAAAUUUACAUUGAUUCAAUUGCUGUAUAUUGAUUGCAAAAAGAUGGAAAUUUACUUGAAACGUUACCUCAGUAUUUGGAGCUGGAGAAUGUAUUAUCAAGUGUGGGUGACUGGGUCAAUCUUUUCAACUAUACACAAUAAAAGGUGUGUGAAUGAGA